CUUCCCGGCCCGCCGCUCUCUGGCUCUGGCUCGGCCCCGGGAGCCGCAGCGAACCCCGGCCAGGCCGCGCGUGCGCCCCUCCCUCGCCCCCUCCCUCGCUCCUUCCUUCCUUCCUUCUUCCCUCUCUGCCUGCCUCUCCUCCCGGGAGCGCAUCCGCCGCCGCCGCCGCCGCCGCCGCAGCGGGGCCCAGCGCAGAGCCGAGCAGGACGGGAGCCGCUGGCUUAACCGCCGCUACCUGGAAAGGCCUCGGGCAGAGAGGGAUCGGAGCAGAAACCCGGCCGGGCGCGGGGACAUGGUGACGGGAUGGCCCGCAUCGCAGACGCCUUCCCUCUGCACCUGCUCGUCUGGCACAACCGGCACCAGGCGCUGGACAGCGAGCUGCGCAAGGGACAGCAUGAUAUUGAAAUGUUGGACCCCCGUGGCCGAACACCACUGGAGCUGGCCGUGUCCCUGGGGAACUUGGAAUCUGCCCGGGUGCUGCUGCGACACAGUGCCGCUGUGGGCCAGGAGAAUGCCAAUGGCUGGACAGUUCUGCAGGAGGCCGUGAGCACCGGGGACCCAGAGAUGGUGCAGCUCGUGCUCCAGUAUCGUGAUUACCAGCGCGCCACACAGCGCCUAGCCGGCAUCCCAGAAUUGCUCAAUAAACUACGCAGAGCUCCUGAUUUUUAUGUGGAGAUGAAGUGGGAAUUUACCAGCUGGGUGCCCCUGGUCUCCAAAAUCUGCCCAAGUGACGUGUACCGGGUGUGGAAGCGUGGCGAAAACCUGCGGGUCGACACAACCUUACUGGGCUUUGAGCACAUGACCUGGCAGCGGGGCCGGCGCAGCUACAUCUUUAAAGGCGAAGAUGAGAAUGCAGUGGUGAUGGAGGUCGACCACGACAAGCAGGUGGUGUACACCGAAACGCUGUCGCUAGCCUUGCACGAGCCUGAGCUGAUGCUGGCUGCCAUGCAGCCUUCCGAGGAGCACGUGGCCAGCCGGCUCACCUCCCCCAUCGUCUCCACCCACCUGGAUACCAAGAACAUUGCCUUUGAGCGGAACAAGUCCGGCAUCUGGGGCUGGCGCUCAGAGAAAAUGGAGAACAUCAGCGGCUACGAAGCCAAGGUUUACAGUGCCAGCAACGUGGAGCUUGUCACCAAAACCCGUACUGAGCACCUGUCAGACCAGGACAAAACGCGCAACAAAGGUUCCAAGACUCCGUUCCAGUCCUUCCUGGGAAUCGCCCAGCAGCACGCUGCGCAGAAUGGGGCCCCUGUGCUGCAGUCCGCCAGCCCCACCAACCCAACGUCCAUCACCCCCGAGGAAUACUUUGACCCCAACUUCAACUUGGAGUCCCGUAAUAUCGGCCGCCCUAUCGAGAUGUCCAACAAGGUGCAGAGGUUCAAGGCCACGUUGUGGCUCUGCGAGAACCAUCCCCUCUCCCUGGUGGAGCAGGUGACACCCAUCAUUGACCUGAUGGCCAUCAGCAACGCCCACUUUGCCAAGUUGCGUGACUUCAUCACCCUCAAGUUACCUCCUGGCUUCCCUGUCAAAAUCGAGAUCCCCCUCUUCCACGUGCUGAAUGCCCGGAUCACAUUUAGUAACUUGUGUGGCUGCGACGAGCCACUGAGCUCAGUGCGGAUCUGCACUCCGCCACCCACCCCAGAGAGCACCGAGGAGCCGAGUGCUGGGGCAGAGGCAGCCAACAACACCAAAGUGUACCCUUUCCCCUGCGAGGUGGACCCAUCAGUAUUCGAGGUGCCCCAAGGCUACACGAUGCUGGGCGCAGGCCGUACCGAGCCCAUGAGGGACGAGGAUGAUGACUUACUCCAGUUUGCCAUUCAGCAGAGCCUCCUGGAUGCUGGCACAGAGACGGACCAGGUCACCAUAUGGGAAGCGCUGACCAACACACGGCCAGGAUCCAAUCCACCAUCCUAUGAUGAAGAACUACAGCUGGAACGGGCUAUCCAAGAGAGCAUGUUCCUUCAGGCGGGGCCAGGCCUGGGCACCGUGGAGUCAGGAGGCAGCAAUGUAGCCCCUCCUCCUGAGGACAGCCCAGUCCUCAGCACCAAUGGGGGGGGCUCCUCCGCCCUGCCUCCCCCUUACCCCAGCUUUGACGAGCAGCUGCGUUUGGCCAUGGAGCUGUCCUCGAGGGAGCAGGAGGAGCGGGAGCGCCAGCACCGCGAGGAAGACGAGGAGCUGCAGCGCAUCCUCCAGCUCUCCCUGACGGAGAAGUAGCAUCCCAGCUUGCCAGCAAGGGGCCCCUCAGCCUCCCUCAGGCCUCACACAACCCAGCCUAACUGUCCUUGCCGUCAUUGUAUUUUUAACCUCUCGGGGGGCGGGAGGGGGGGGGUCCAUGCUUCGCCCCUUUCCUGUCAGGGUCCGGCUGGAUGUGAGAAGACAGCACCUUCUGCAUUUCCUGGGACUCACAUGGUUCCAUCCUCCGGUAUUAUUUCCUGUAAGAUUUUUUUAAAAUUGCUUUAUAUCCUCAUCCUUUUCUGAGGAAAUGUUUUAUACAGCACAGAGGGAGGUGGGGCGGAGAAGAGGAGGAGCAGCAGAUAGAGAAGAUGGCGAAAAGGGAAAAAAAAGACAGAAGAGAGGAAGAUGUCGAGGGAAUUUUUAUCACCUUAGCAUGGGUGUGAAGUUUCCUGAGACUGAACUACGCACGCUGCUUUCUCUGUCCUUGCAAUGGUUUGGGCUUGUUGGGACAGGGCAACAGAGAGGGCCGAGUCCUGGAUCUUGAUGCAUUGAUGUUUGCAGUGAGACCUGAAGCCCGGCUGCAGUGUGAUGAAUAAUUUUCAUUCCCGCAUUCCCCACCCCCCAUCAUGAGCUGCUGCUCUUCCCCCUCCUGCGUGUUUAAUUUAUUUUAUUUAUAUCUCUGAAGAUAUAUACAAAAAGGGGAGUGGAAGGUGUGUAUUAUUUUUUAAAACUGAACCCAGUGGGUCUAAAGGGAAGAGCUGUGCCCGCUCUUGAGCGGCUUUCUCCUGCCGUCUGGGGACCAGGCACAGGGGGGCUCUGGGCAGCAGGAACUACUAAAUAAAACUAAGAAACCAGCA